GAGGGGGGCGAGCAGGAGGAGGAGGUGCUGCUGCUGCCGCUCGAGGUGGUGGUUGUGGUGCAGGUGGUGGGGGCGAGUUGGCGCCAGAGGUGCGCGAGUACGACGAUUACGUGGCCCAGCAUGGGCCUACAGGCGGUUGGGACCCUGAGGACCACGAGGAGUUCCUGGCGGUACUGCGCUCCUGCGGCGGUGACUAUACACACACGGUAGCCAUCGUGAUGGAGCGAGCAGUGGGCUUCUCGCGGGCCGAGGUGAUGCAGCACGCGCGCUGGCACAUGGAGCUGGUGGACCUGGAGCUGAGGAAGCGGCUGGCGCUGGAGAGGUGGCGCAGGCAGCGGCAGCAGCAGCGGGCCGCGGUGCUGACGAGCCAGGCGGCGUUGGGGAGUGAUACGGCGGAGCUGGCUCGUCGCGAGCGAGAACGGGAUCAGCGCAGUCGUGAGGCGGAGGCGGCCGCUGCUGAGCUCAAACGAGCCAUGGCGGCGCGCUGGCGUGCGGAGAAGGAGGAGCAGCAGCGCGCGGCGGCUGCGGAGGCGGCCAAACGGGCGGAGGCGGCGGAAGCGGCUCGGCGAGCUGAGCUGCAGCAGCGGCAGGAGGAUAUCAAGAUGAGGGUGCAGAUGAGCAAGCUGGCCAAGGAGCAGCAGCGCCGCGAGGCGGAGCGCCGGGCUGCUGCGGAGGCCGCCAUCCGCGCCGCGCUGGCCGCCCCCACCCCGCAGCAGCGGGCGCGGGUGGCCGAGCGCAGCAGCGCCACCUUUGGCCGCCGCCAGUCGCUGCUGGCAGCACAUGAGGAGCAGCGCAGCAGGCGGGAGCGAGUGCAGCAGCAGCUGCUGGAAAAGGUCCAUGUGGAGGCCCCCGCGGACCCCGCCCGGCUGCUCAAGGGCACCACGGCGCACAUGCAGCGGGUGGAGGCGCAGCGGCAGGAGGAGCGGCAGGCGCGGGACAGCGGCUUCAUCCUGCAUGUGGCCAAGCGGGUGGUGCCGGGAUGGAGGGCAGGGCUGCAGGGCGGGUGAGAGGGAGAUCGGCGGAGGGUAGAGGAGCCGCUGGUGUUGGCUGGGAAAGAGAGGCUAUGGCCGCUUGGUUAUGCUUGAUGGUGGAAGGAUGGGCGUGUACCAUGGUGUAGCACGUACUUUCGCUUCAGGAGUCAUGCGGCCGGCCAGCAAGAUGGGUCUUCAGCCGCCUGCGGACCGCAGGCAUGGCUGCGCCGUAACGUUCUCAAGGGCCCUGCGUGUAGUCGCCUUGUGGGGGGCUGACAUGGAGGUGUCAGGAUGGACUAGCGCUCUUCCCUCGGUCUGAGGGUCUGGGGAGCGGACCCCAAGCCUAUGGGAGUUGCGGCUGCAAGCUCUGUCCUUACGCUGUCAAAGAGCGCUAUGCAUGCAGUAUCAGGCGUUGCGAAGGCGCGGCAGCAGGCGAUGCGGAUCCCAGGCUCUGGACAGCUUGAUGUCACGGUGUCACAAACGUGCAUAGUACUCUGCUAAUGGAUGCGUUCGGAGGACUGGAAGGGGUAUUUGCGAUCCGCUCCUCCACAUUAGCAAGGAGCUGCGGCACAGGGUAACAUCAGAAAGGCCACUACAAUAAAAGAGGCAAGCCUGAUCAUAACCUUCAUAAUCCUCGAACCCUGCCGCGACCCAUGGGUCCCGACCGGAGGUUGAUCCCGGCCGCCAAGCGUUAUGCUAUUGCAGCGGAAUCACAAUGUUAUUACCAGAGUUAAAGAGUUGUUCACCUGCAACAGUACCAUAUCCUCAGACGAUGCCACUCAGGACGUCAACAGCUUUGCGGGAUCGCUGCAUUGCACAUAUGUAAAGUAUGUCAAACACCA